GCCCAGUGAUUCUAGAAGCAUCAGAAUCUGUUCUGAGGAAGAACGCCAAAGGACCAAGUGAAAAAAGAAAUGGCCAGUUCUCAGGGACAGCUGACCUUCAGGGAUGUGGCCAUAGAAUUCUCCAAGGAGGAGUGGGGACGCCUGACCCACACUCAGCGGCAACUGUACAGGGAUGUGAUGUUGGAGAACUACGGACACCUUCUCUUCCUGGGUCUCAUUGUGUCAAAGCCUGAUUUGGUCUCCUUUUUGGAGCAAAAGAAGGACCCUUGGGAUGUGACGAGAAAGAAGACAGUGGUCUUUGAUCCAGAAUCUCUCCUGAAGACAAACACCAAAGGAGGAAGUGAGGAAGAAAUGGCCCAUUCUCAGGGACAGCUGGCCUUCAGGGAUGUGGCCAUUGAAUUCUCCGAGGAGGAGUGGGGAUGCCUGACCCACACUCAGCGGCAACUGUACAGGGACGUGAUGUUGGAGAACUAUAGACACCUGCUCUUCUUGGGUCUCAUUGUGUCAAAGCCUGAUUUGGUUUCCUUUUUGGAGCAAAAGAAGGAUCCUUGGGAUAUGAUGAGAAAGACGACAGUGGUCUUUGAUCCAGCUGUAUCUUCACAGGGCUUCCUGCCAGAGCCAUGCAAAGAAGCUUCAUUUCAAGAUGUAUCCAUGGGUCGAUAUAAACAUAGCGUCCUUGAGAAGUUACACCUAAUAAUAGACUGGGAUAAUGAUUGUAAAGGAUAUAUCGAAAUUGAGACUACUGCCCAUAAUAGUGAAAGAUACAAAAUACUUUGUAAAACCUUCCUUUUUAAGUCCAUUAGUUCUGCAAGGCAGGGUGUUUCUGUCAGCAGGAGCUCCCCUCAAACACUCAAACGUCCAUAUUUAUCGAUGGAGAAUGUGGAACAUCUGGAAAGUUACCGAGCCUGUGCUGAACAUAACGAUUUGAACAAUUUUGAAAAUAGGAUUGGAUUGACCUUUCAUUCAAAUAUUUCUAAACUUCAGAGAUUUCAAUGUAGAGAAACAACUGCUAAGUGGGAUCCAUUUGAGAGGUCCUUCACUAAAGACUCAACCCUUCCAAAUUCCCAGAGCAUUUUCAAUGGAGAGGGAAUUGCUCAAAGCAGUGAAUCUGAGAAAAAAAUCCAUCAAGGCUCAAAUGUUAAGAAACAUCUGAGGACUCAUUUUGCAGAGAACCAUUUCAAACUUAAUAAACGUGGGGAAGUCUUUUCUCAAAGAUCCAUCCUUCUGUCUAACAGUAUGCAUGUAAGGGAUUGGCCGAAUGAAUGUGAAAGAGAUUUUAAGCAGUGCUCCAGUUUUAGUGAUCAUCCAAAAAUUUAUAUGGGAAAAAACCCAUCCAGACAUAAGAAGCCUGGGAACACGUUUAGUCAGUCAUUGGGGACACAUAUACAUAAGACAAUCUGUAGUGGAGAGAAACCUUACAAAAGUAAAGAAUACAGCACAGACUUUAAAUUGCCAUCAACCCUUAUUCAACAUCACAGAAUUCAUACUGGAGAGAAACCUUACCGAUGUCAAGAAUGUGGGAAGGCCUUUAAGCACAGGUCAAGUCUUACUCACCAUCACAGAAUUCAUAGUGGAGGGAAACCUUACCAAUGUCAAGAAUGUGGCAAGGCCUUUAACCGCAGCACAAGUUUUAUUCAACAUCACAGAAUUCAUACUGGAGAGAAACCUUACCAAUGUCAAGAAUGUGGGAAGUCCUUUAACCAGUCUUCACACCUUACUCAGCAUCAGAGAAUUCAUACUGGAGAGAAACCUUACCAAUGUCAAGAAUGUGGCAAGGCCUUUAACUACAGCUCAAGUCUUACUCGACAUCACAGAAUUCAUACUGGAGAGAAGCCUUACCAAUGUCAAGAAUGUGGCAAGUCCUUUAGCAGUUCUUCACACCUUACUCAACAUCACAGCAUUCACACUGGAGAGAAACCUUUCCAAUGUCAAGAAUGUGGCAAGGCCUUUAACCGGAUAUCACGCCUUACUGAACAUCACAGAAUUCAUACUGGAGAGAAACCUUACCAAUGUGUAGAAUGUAGCAAGGCCUUUAAUGGGGAAUCCAACCUUACUCGACAUCACAGAAUUCAUACUGGUGAGAAACCUUACAAAUGUGAAGAAUGUGGCAAGGCCUUUAGGCAGCAUUCAAAACUUACUCAACAUUACAGAAUUCAUACUGGAGAGAAACCUUACAAAUGUGAAGAAUGUGGCAAGGCCUUUAGGCAGCAGUCAAACCUUCUUGAACAUGGCAGAAUUCAUUUUAGAGAGAAACCUUACAAAUGUAAAGGGUGUGGGAAGGCCUUUAUCCAUCAGUCAGGCCUUACUAAACAUUACAGAGUUCAUACUGGAGAGAAACCUUAGAAAUAUGUAGAAUGUGGCAAGGCCUUUAACCGGAUGUCACACCUUCCUGAACAUCACAGAAUUCAUACUGGAGAGAAACCUUACAAAUGUGAAGAAUGUGGCAAGGCCUUUAGGUGGCAGUCAAACCUUAUUGAACAUCACACAAUGCAUUUUAGAGAGAAACGUUACAAAUGUAAAGAGUGUGGGAAGGUCUUUAAGCAGUGCUCAGUCCUUAUUCACCAUCACAGAAUUCAUACUUGAGAGAACACUUACAAAUAUAAAGAAUGUAGGAAGGUCUUCAGGCAGCUCUCAGCCAUUACUCACCAUCACGGAAUUCAUACUAGAGAGAAAACUUACAAAUGUAAAGACUGUGGCAAGGACUUUAGCAGACAUUCAAGCCGUAGUCAACACCACAAAAUCCAUACUGGAGAGAAGCCUUACAAAUGUAAAGAAAGUGGCAAGGCAUUGAAGAGGGAAUCCAGCCUUAUUCGACACCACAGAAUUCAUACUGAAGAGAAACGUUAUAAUUGUGAAGAAUGUGGCAAGGCCUUUAUGUUCCAUUCAGGCCUUACUCACCAUCAGAGAAUUCCUGGUAAGAAACAUUACAAAUGUCAAGUAUGUGGCAAGGCCUUUAAGUGGCAUGCAUCCCUUUGUGUACAUCACUUAAGUCAUACUGGAGUGAAACCUUAGAAAUGUAAAGAAUGUGGCCAGGGCUAUAUCCAGCAGUCACACCUUACAGAACAUCACAGAAUUCCUACUGGAACUAAUCCUAACAAAUUUGAAGACUCAGAGAAUUUGGGAGUACUGCUGAACUCUUUUUUUUUUUUUUUAAA